AUGCGGACCCAGAGGGACAACCCUGCCCUGCGAUGGUCACUAUCGCUGCUUCUGCUGCUGGGCCUGGUACUGCCUUCAGCCAGCUCCCAGAGCCGCAGCCUCAGGGAGGCUGUGCUCCGUGCUGUGGAUGAGUUCAACCUGCAGUCCUCGGACACCAGUCUCUACCGCCUCCUGGACCUGGAUUCUCAGCCCCCAGGGGAUGAGGACCCAGAUACCCCAAGGUAUGUGAGGUUCAGAGUGAAGGAGACGGUGUGUGACAAGGCAUUGCAGCAGCUACCUGAGCAAUGUAUCUUCAAGGAAAAUGGGCUGGUGAAGCAGUGUAUGGGGACAGUCACCCUGAGCCAGGACACAGAUUCUUUUGACAUCAACUGUAAAGGGCCUGGGACACAGCUCCGGAAGUUUAAGAAAAUUGCCCGGAUCGCUGGACUCCUCCGAAAAGGUGGGCAGAAGGUUGGUGAGAAGAUUAAGAAAAUUGGCCAGAAAAUUGUGGAUUUCUUUGAGAAAAAUGCACCUGAGGCAGAAAAGUAGGCCUGCCUUGGCCUGUUUCUGGAGUUCAAAAAUAAUA